GGCUCGGGGAGGGGGCGGGGGGCGGCCGGCCGGGCCUGCGCCCCAGCGAGCGGCGAGCCGAGGGGGAAGGGGCCGGAAGGAGGCAAGCGCGGCCGCAAAGCCGGGAGUCGGACGCCCGCUCGUGCCGCCGCCGCCGCUGCAGCCUUCCCUGUCUGCGCCCGGCCGGGGUCCGAACGGCCGCGAAGGCCGGAGCGCGGCAGCCGGGCGUGGGGCGAGUGGCCAGCGGGGCCGGGAGCAGAGGCCGGGCCGGGCGCCCAGCGCGGGGCGCGGUGGGCUCCUGCCUGCGGGAGGAGGCGAGGGGCCGAGGAGGAAAAGAGGCCGAGGGGAGCCAGGAGGGCGGAUUUUCCUGGAGGCUGGUGCGGAAGAAAAUCCCACCGCGAACUCAAAUCCACGAUUAUAAUCCAAACGAAUAAUAAGGGAGCAGUUUUUCUGGUCGGGCGAGAGGGAAAGAGGGAGAGGGCGAGAGAAGGGGUAACAGGAGGAAGCGAAACCUCCGCUUCAUGGAAGCUGAGGCCAGAGAAAUUUUCGGAGCCUGGAUGAGGAGAAGCCAAACAGCAGAACUAACUCAGGAAAUUGUCUUUCAGAAAAAGGCCAAAAUAGGCUGGGUUUGAGAAUCAGGCUGGGGUAGGUGAAGGAACCGGCAAGUUUAAAGGAAAAAAAAGAAAAAAGGAGAGAAUAUUUUCAGAGAUUUUCUCUGGUUUGUGAUUCUUGCUACCAUUUUAAAGGUAAAAAGCCUUGCAUUUCAGGUGGGUUUUUUUUUUUCCUUUUGGUCCAAUUGGCUGAUCAAAACCUUUAAUGUAAAAGCUUUUUGUGUUUUAAAGAAAUCCAUAAAUUUUGGUUCCCAGGGUUGCACUAGAUUUGGAAGGAGUGCUCUUGUGUACAUACUGUUGUAUGGUUUUAUUUAUUUGUUUUUUACUGUGCAAAUCAGGUAGAUUUUUUUUUUUUACAAGUGCCAUUUAGGAUUUAUUCAUAUAUUUUUCCUUCUUUCAAAUAUAUCUGCUGUUGUCAUUUUAAGCAUUAGAGACCAGAAAAUUAUUUUUUCUUUUUUGAAGCUAGAGGCUCUCUUGCCAACAGAAGAACAGCUGGGAAAACUGGAUUUAAAGGAUGUUUUUUAUCUGUAUUUUGAAGUUAAGAGUGAUAUUUUGAAGGCACAUUCUUUCUGUGGUUCAUUUUGUAGCCCAUACUGCUAACCUUGAAGAGAUUUGUGGUUGGGUUUUUGGUUUCUAAAAAGGUCAUAGUUUUUCUUCCUUUCCUUUCAGUUUUUUUUUUUUUUUUAGAGGAGGGAGGGGAAAGGGGGCUAAGAAAAGAGACCAUGUUAACUGGUAGAAGUAGAAUGGAGCGGCAGUUACCAGGGUCCUGAGAACUGCAGCAGAAAGGAUUCAGUCUUCAAGUUGGGAGGCCCUCCUCUCAUCUUCCUUAAAAAUUGCAAGUGCUUCGAUUCUGACCAAGACACCAAAGCUACAGGAUUCUGGAACAUUGGAGACACUGAGAAACCAUGAGUGUAAGGUUACCCCAGAAUAUAGACAGGAUAUGUCAAACAGAACUUGGAAUAAAAGACCUGUACCUCAGCUCAGCAGUCUCUUGGACUCUCCCUCCAGAGCUGACUCCCAUCUCUCCAUCCUCCCUCACCUAAACCCCAUCUCAUCUGGGUUAAGUAGCCUGUCUUCUCUGGGAGACUCUGCAUCUGAGCGCAGAUCCCCUUCCCACCAUCGCCAGCCCUCUGAUACCUUGGAAACAACAGGUCUUGUUCAGCGCUGUGUCAUCAUCCAGAAGGACCAGCAUGGCUUCGGUUUCACAGUCAGUGGGGACCGCAUCGUGCUGGUGCAGUCUGUGCGGCCCGGAGGUGCAGCCAUGAAAGCUGGUGUGAAGGAGGGUGACCGGAUCAUCAAAGUCAAUGGCACCAUGGUAACCAAUAGCUCACACCUGGAGGUGGUAAAGCUUAUCAAAUCUGGUGCCUACGUCGCACUCACACUUCUGGGCUCGUCACCUUCAUCUGUUGGUGUCUCUGGGCUCCAGCAAGACCCAGCCCCAGCAGGAGCUCCCCAGGUCACCCCAGUGGUGCCCCCGCCACCCCCUCCUCCACCUCUACCACCUCCCCAGCGCAUCACUGGACCCCGACCUCUGCAGGAUCCUGAAGUUCAAAAGCAUGCCACCCAGAUCCUCAGAAAUAUGCUAAGGCAAGAGGAAAAAGAUUUACAGCGUAUCUGUGAGGAGUAUAGCCGGAACCCUGCCAGCCUGCUGGAAGAGCAGAUCGAAGGUGCCCGGCGGCGAGUCUCUCAGUUACAGCUGAAGAUCCAGCAGGAGACUGGUGGCUUAGUGGACAUACUUCCACUCUAUGGUGAUAUCAGCCUGAGACCAUCAGAAGGCCGGCUCUCUCUGGAUUCCCAGGAGGGUGACAGUGGCUUGGAGUCUGGGACAGAACGUUUUCCUUCCCUCAGUGAGUCAUUGGUUAAUCGGAACUCAGUGCUCUCAGAUCCUGGGCUAGACAGUCCUCGGACCUCCCCUGUGAUCACAGCCCGGGUGACCCAGCACCACAGGCGCCAUGGCUCAGAUGCACCGGCACCCCCAGCCAGCGACCAGGGUGUAGAUCAAAGCCCAAAGCCUUUAAUUAUCGGCCCAGAGGAAGAUUAUGACCCGGGUUAUUUCAACAACGAGAGUGACAUCAUCUUCCAGGAUCUUGAGAAACUGAAGUCGCGUCCAGCUCACCUGGGCGUCUUUCUGCGCUACAUCUUCUCUCAGGCAGACCCCAGCCCACUGUUGUUUUACUUGUGUGUAGAAGUUUAUCAGCAAACGAAUUCCAAGGAGUCCCGGAGCUUGGGAAAAGACAUUUGGAACAUUUUCCUAGAGAAAAAUGCGCCUCUGAGAGUGAAGAUCCCUGAGAUGUUACAGGCUGAAAUUGACUCACGGCUGCGCAGUAGUGAGGACGCCCGUGGCGUGCUCUUUGAAGCUCAGGAGGCAGCCAUGCCCGAGAUCCAGGAGCAGAUCCAUGACUAUAGAACGAAGCGCACCCUGGGACUAGGCAGCUUGUAUGGUGAAAACGACCUGCUGGACCUGGAUGGGGACCUUCUCCGAGAGCGCCAAGUGGCUGAGAAGCAGCUGGCUGCCCUUGGAGAUAUUUUGUCCAAGUACGAGGAGGACAGGAGUGCCCCCAUGGGCUUCGCCCUCAAUACCUACAUGAGCCAUGCUGGGAUCCAUCUUCGGGACACACGACCUUCCAACACAGCUGACAAGGCCCAGGCUGCUCCUGACAAGGACAAGUGGCUACCUUUCUUCCCUAAGACCAAGAAGAGCAGCAAUUCCAAAAAAGAAAAGGAUGCCUUGGAGGACAAGAAGCGAAACCCCAUCCUCAAAUACAUUGGGAAGCCCAAAAGUUCUUCCCAGAGCACAUUUCAUAUUCCCUUGUCCCCUGUGGAAGUCAAACCAGGCAAUGUGAGGAACAUCAUUCAGCACUUUGAGAACAACCAGCAGUAUGAGGCCCCGGAACCUGGCACGCAGCGACUCUCCACAGGAAGCUUUCCUGAGGACCUGCUGGAGAGCGACAGUUCACGCUCAGAGAUCCGCCUGGGCCGUUCUGAGAGCCUCAAGGGCCGGGAAGAGAUGAAGCGGUCCCGGAAGGCAGAGAACGUGCCCCGCUCUCGCAGUGAUGUUGACAUGGAUGCUGCUGCUGAAGCCACACGCCUCCACCAGUCAGCUUCGUCCUCUGCCUCCAGCCUCUCCACCAGGUCUCUCGAGAACCCAACCCCUCCCUUCACCCCCAAAAUGGGCCGCAGGAGCAUUGAGUCCCCCAGCUUGGGGUUCUGCACAGACGCCCUCCUUCCCCACCUCCUAGAGGAUGACCUAGGCCAGCUGUCUGACCUGGAGCCAGAGCCAGAUGCCCAAAACUGGCAACAUACUGUGGGCAAGGACGUGGUGGCUGGGCUAACCCAGAGGGAGAUUGACCGACAGGAGGUUAUCAAUGAGCUGUUUGUGACUGAAAGUUCCCACCUGCGCACACUCCGCGUGCUAGAUUUGAUCUUCUACCAGCGGAUGAGGAAGGAGAACCUGAUGCCCCGGGAAGAGCUGUCCCGGCUUUUCCCCAAUCUGCCUGAACUCAUAGAGAUUCACAAUUCCUGGUGCGAAGCCAUGAAGAGGCUCCGGGAGGAGGGCCCCAUCAUCAGAGAGAUCAGUGACCUCAUGCUGGCUCGGUUUGAUGGUCCUGCCCGAGAGGAACUCCAGCAGGUGGCUGCGCAGUUCUGCUCCUAUCAGUCAGUAGCUCUAGAGCUGAUCAAGACCAGGCAGCGCAAAGAGAGUCGGUUCCAGCUCUUCAUGCAGGAGGCAGAGAGCCACCCCCAGUGUCGCAGGCUGCAGCUGCGCGACCUCAUCGUCUCCGAGAUGCAGCGGCUAACCAAGUACCCACUGCUGCUGGAGAAUAUCAUCAGACACACAGAGGGCGGUACCUCUGAGCAUGAGAAGCUCUGCCGGGCCCGAGAUCAGUGCCGGGAGAUUCUCAAGUACGUGAACGAGGCAGUGAAACAGACAGAGAACCAGCACCGUUUAGAGGGCUACCAGAAACGCCUGGAUGCCACUGCCCUGGAGAGGGCCAGCAACCCCCUGGCAGCAGAGUUCAAGAGCCUGGAUCUCACAACCAGAAAGAUGAUCCAUGAAGGGCUCCUUACCUGGAGGAUCAGCAAGGACAAGACCCUGGACCUGCACGUGCUGCUGCUGGAGGAUCUCCUGGUGCUGCUCCAGAAACAGGAUGAGAAGCUGCUGCUCAAGUGCCACAGCAAGACUGCCCUGGGCUCUUCGGACAGCAAGCAGACCUUCAGCCCUGUGCUUAAGCUCAAUGCUGUGCUCAUCCGCUCUGUAGCCACAGACAAACGGGCCUUCUUCAUCAUAUGCACCUCCAAGUUGGGCCCACCUCAGAUCUAUGAGCUGGUCGCAUUGACAUCAUCAGACAAGAACACAUGGAUGGAGCUGUUAGAGGAGGCUGUGCGAAAUGCCACCAGGCACCCCGGAGCUGCCCUGACACCCGUCCAUGCCCUGCCACCAGGCCGCCAGGAGCCAGCCCACCAGGGGCCCACAGCCAACAGGGCAGGACUGGAUGACUCAGAAGUGUUCCACAAUGAGCCAGAAGCUAAAGAGAUGCCCAUAGGCCCCGGUCCCCAGCAGAGGCUGCCAGGGAAGCACCCGGCACUGCUAGAGGAUCCUGAGCAGGAAGGCAGUGAGGAAGAGGAGCUGGGUGACCUGCCUCACCCUUCCACAUCCCUGGAUGAAAAGAACAGGGGUGCCCUGACAAGAGCCCCCACCCACCUAGCUCUACCAGGCCCUCCUUCCAUGGAAGGCCUGGCUGAUUCUGCCCUGGAAGAUGUGGAGAACCUGCGGCACCUGGUCCUGUGGAGCCUGCUGCCAGGUCACACCAUGGACACAGAGGUUGCUGGGGAGCCAGAGGAUGACCUGACACCUACACCUUCCAUCAUGAGCGCUACCUCUCACCCCUGGGACCCAGGCUCCCCAGGACAAGCUACCACUGAGGGGGAACAGGACACCACUCAGCUCCCAGGGCCAGUGAGGGGAGCAGAGCAGGAGGACAUGGCUCUUAGUUCUCUGGGAAACCUACCCCCAAGGACCAGAAAUUCUGGGAUCUGGGAGUCUCCAGAGCUGGACAGGAAUCCAACCGAAGAGGCUUCAAGCACAGAGGCAGCUGGAAGUUACAAAGUUGUGAGAAAAGCUGAGGUGGCAGGCAGCAAGGUUGUCCCUGCACUACCAGAGAGUGGCCAGUCAGAGCCUGAGCCACCUGAAGUGGAAAUUGGAGCAAAGGCUACGGGGAACUGCUUCUAUGUCAGCAUGCCAGUAGGACCCCUGGACUCAAGCACUGACCCUUCUGGGGCACCCAUGAGCCCCUCCCAGCCCGACAGUCUCCCUGCCUGGCAGACAGAGCCUCGGCCUCAGCUAUCAGGAGCCAGUGGAGGUCAAAGACACCCCAGCUGUUCUGCCCACAGCCUGGCCCUCAGGGACGUGGGCAUGAUCUUUCGGACCAUUGAGAAGCUCACCCUCAAGCUCAACAGGCUCAAGGACAUGGAACUGGCCCACAAGGAGCUGCUCAAGACCCUUGGGGGAGAGUCAUCAGGUGGUACCACGCCUGUAGGCAGUGUCUACACGGAGGUGACCAGAUGGACAGAUAGCUCCCUCUCCCCUCCUAAGGAGCCCCUGGCCUCUGACUCCAGGAAUAGCCACGAACUGGGGGCCUACCCUGACGAUGGCUCUGACACACCCCUGGAAGACAGAACAGCAGAUACAGCCACAUUGCCAGGACCAUGACCGUCCGAACCACAUCUGCACCCCAUUCCUCCUCUGAGCACUGGCCUUAGACUGGGGUGCAGAAUGGGUAGGCUCGAAACUUCUUUUCUGUGGGAGCCACAUUGGGGAAACCAGGAUCCGACUGAGGCCUCCGGGGGACCCGCAUGUUUCUUGGUCUGCUCAGACUGGAGUCAGGUGUCAAUGUUUUUCCCUCCCUCAUCUACCCUCCAAGGCCUGUGUCCCCUUGAGCAUGCUGACUGCAUCUGAAAGGCCCUGCUUCCCACGGGCCGCCCUGCCCACACGCAUGUCAGCACGUGUGCGUGUGCACGUGCACCUGGAUGUGCAAGUGAAAGAUGGAGGCUUCUGUGUAGACGCACUUUCUCCCUCCCCCUUUCUCUGCAGGGCUCCAGGUGGAGGCAGGUGCCUCUCCUUCUCUAGGUCACUUUGGUUUCCUAUAAAUAUGUAUGUAUUGUAUGUGCAUCUCUGCUCUAUACAUAACUUAGACCAUUUUGUUUCUGUUCCUGGAGUGCUGGAAUCUCCUGUUAACAGCUGGGCUCCAGGAUCAGGGAGCCAGACCUGGGUGUCCCUGUCCCCUAUGGCAGGGAGGUCUUCCAGCCUCUAGUCCCACCUGGCUCUAAAGCCACCCCACCCCAUGCAGCUGGAUGCCCAGCUACUCCCUCCCUCCCAGGACUUCUCAUUUCACAAGGUGGGGACUCUCUCCUAUGUUCACCCUUCCCCACCCUCUCCCUGUAGAGAAGUAGCAUAGCAGGUAUGGAGGUGGACUUAGGGAUCUGAAUGCUGGAGUCCCUGAACUGCCCCAGAACCAUCCCAGGGCCAUUGCAGCACUGGCCCCAUCGCCACUAUGUUCUCAGCCCUCUCCCCAGUGAACAGAAUAUACACACUGUGCUAGGUGUAUAUAUACAUAUAUAUAUAUAUAUAAAUAUAUAUAAUAUAUAAAAUGCAGAUAUGGAAAUGACGGUUUUGCUGUUAAGAUAAUGUAUACUCUUUUAUUUUCUUCCUUUCAUGGUAAGUUUUUUGUUUUUUUUUAAGAAAAGUUAAAUAUUCUUCA